CGAAAGCUUAAUUAAGAAGACACUCGAUCGCAAUUGUUCCGUUGCUAAGUAAAGAUGUCUAAACCCGAGUGCCAAUUCGAGCUCAUUCCAGCUCCGACGGACGGUGUUACCUCGCUCGACUUCUCCCCGACGGUGUCCUCAAAUCUCAUUGUGUCAUCAUGGGACAAAACAGUUCGUCUCUUUGAUGUUACGACAGAACAUCCGGGCGCGUCGACGCCACGGAAGGGUACUCUGCUCGCGACCUUGGAGCACCAAGCGCCCGUUCUGGAUGCUUGUUGGGGUGAUGGUAUGCACGUCUUCACAGCAGGCCUCGAUGGACGCGUCAAAGUCGCUGACCUGAAUACCUCGAACAACAACACGCUUGGUUUGCACGAUGAUGGUGUUUCCUCAAUCGCAUACAACACUGAGACAUCACUCCUCAUCUCAGGAUCAUGGGACAAAUCCCUCCGUCUUUGGGAUCACAGGUCUAAGCACAUCGAAGCGGGCUUGCACGUUCAACCACAUAAGAUCUUCUCCAUAGACACGGUUGGGAACAAAUUGGUUGUCGCAAUGGCAAAACGACAGAUCUACGUCUUCGACGUGAGGAAUAUGCAACAGACUCUACAGAAGCGAGAGAGUAGCUUGAAGUUCAUGACCAGAACAGUCAAAUGUAUGCCUAAUGGGGAGGGAUAUGCAAGCUCGAGUAUCGAAGGACGUGUCGCGGUGGAGUACUUUGAUCCCAGUCCCGAGAGUCAAACGAGGAGUUUCGCGUUCAAGUGUCAUAGACAGGCAGUCAAUGGCGUGGAUACGAUCUAUCCGGUCAACGCUUUGGCGUUUCACCCUGUACAUGGUACGUUCGCGUCCGGUGGAGGAGACGGUACGGUUGCGCUUUGGGAUGGAGGGGCGAAGAAGAGACUCAAGCAGUAUCCGAGGUAUCCCACGGGUGUCAGUGCACUGGCAUUCAGUCACGACGGCAAAUACCUCGCAAUUGGUACUGGGAGUGGUAUCGAAGAUGGCAAGGAGCCUGUGUCGGGGAUGGAUAAGGUAUACCUUCGUCACCUACAACCCGAGGAGGGCAAGCCGAAGGCUUUGGCUGCUUAA